GGGCAGUGGGGCCGGGCCUUGCGGACGCUUGUUGUUGUCUGGCCGGGGGAGGCGGAGGUCGCUGUUUGGUUCUCUCGCUGGUGAUCUGUAGCGGUCCGCGGCAGGUCGGUCGGGAAGGCGGGAGCUGCAGCGGGGAGAGGCUAUGUGGCGGUGGCAGCCCGCAUGGGCCGGCAAGGCCUGGAGUAACGGGACGUCGCCGCGAAGCUUCCCCCGAAAACAGUGCGGCCCGAGUGGAGGCCGCGGCGCCGCCCUCCAGCUCUGAGGAGCCCGCGCUGCGCGCAGACCCCCGCCGCCUUCGCCUCGGCCCCAACGCCAAGCUACCCGGCUAGCCUGGCCCGAUCUAGCCCGUCCCUGGCAGGUAGCCCCAUUGUAGUCCCUCUGGCACAAGGAGUCCCCUCCCAAAGGACAUGAAGCUACUGGAGAACUCCAGCUUUGAGGCCAUCAACUCGCAGUUGACAGUGGAGACUGGAGAUGCCCAUAUUAUUGGCAGGAUCGAAAGCUACUCAUGUAAGAUGGCGGGAGAUGAUAAACACAUGUUCAAGCAGUUCUGCCAGGAGGGCCAGCCCCACGUGCUGGAAGCACUGUCCCCACCCCAGACCUCGGGCCUCAGCCCCAGCAGACUGAGCAAGAGCCAGGGUGGUGAGGAUGAGAGUCCCCUCAGCGACAAGUGCAGCCGCAAGACCCUCUUCUAUCUGAUUGCCACACUCAAUGAGUCCUUCCGGCCGGACUAUGACUUCAGCACAGCCCGGAGCCAUGAGUUCAGCCGGGAACCCAGUCUCAGCUGGGUGGUAAAUGCAGUCAACUGCAGCCUGUUCUCAGCUGUGCGGGAGGACUUCAAGGCCCUGAAGCCACAGCUGUGGAAUGCAGUGGAUGAGGAGAUCUGCCUAGCUGAAUGUGAUAUCUACAGCUAUAACCCAGAUCUGGACUCAGACCCCUUUGGGGAGGAUGGCAGCCUCUGGUCCUUCAACUAUUUCUUUUAUAACAAGCGUCUCAAGCGAAUUGUCUUCUUCAGCUGCCGCUCCAUCAGUGGUUCCACUUACACACCCUCAGAGGCAGGCAAUGCACUGGACCUGGAACUGGGGGCAGAAGAGGUUGAGGAAGAGAGUGGAGGUGGAAGCAGUGAGGGUGGGGCUGAGGAGACCAGCACCAUGGAGGAAGACAGGGUUCCAGUGAUCUGUAUGUGAUGAGGAAGAGCAGAAACCUCAGCUUCAUCCAGCUUCAAUCAGUGCCUGGAUCUGCUCACCUGAGGAGCCCCAGAGCCUCCCCAGAUGCUGGCUACACCCUGGUACUGCCACAGUCCUGGCACUGUCUGAGGCCAUACCCACCUAGCCUUUGACUUCAGCCUGUGGAUGUCCACUGACCCUUGCAGGCUUCUACUGCCCAAGCUGUGGCUGGACUUGACAGCACAGGGCCUUAUGGAAAGAGUGACUGCCCUGCACCAACAGUCUGCCAAAGGCAGAACAUCUGGACCACAGAGUUUAUUUUUGUAUUUCUUAUUGGGCCUGUACACUCCAGCUCUAAGGGCCAGUGACUUAAGGCUUUGUAAACAGGGCCCAGUGUUUACCGGCUCUGGUCUUGGGCCGGCCCCUGGUGCCCACUUGUCCCCUCACCUUACCCGGUGGGCCAUGUGCACUGAAUGUCACUUUGCUGCAGCUCAUUCGUUUCCAAUAAAAGUUUCUGUGACUUAGAA